AUGUCUGUACCCAAGGGUGCCAUAUAUGGGUUAUUAGGACCGAGUGGCUGUGGAAAGACAUCUCUACUAAAGCUUAUAUUGGGAUUAAUCAAACCGAGAGCUGGCAAAAUCAGAAUUAAUGGCAAACGCGUGGGACAUCCUGUCAAUAAGAUACCGGGUAUUGGCGUUGGUUUUAUGCCACAAGAAUUGGCUCUCUUUCAAGAAAUCACUUUAAAUGAAUCACUCAAUUACUUCAGCAGAUUGUAUGGUAUGAGUGAUGAACUGAUCCAUUCAAGGAUUAGGUUUCUGGUUGACUUUUUUGAUUUGCCCAAUGGGGACUGUCUUAUUGGCACCAUGAGUUGUGGUCAAAAACGUCGAGUCUCUCUGUGCCUAUCGCUCGUCCACAAUCCACCAUUUCUUAUAUUAGAUGAGCCAACCGUCGGAACUGAUCCACUGCUCAAAGAGAAAAUUUGGGAGCAUUUGGUGGAGUUAUCUGAGAUGGAGGGCACGACUAUUAUAAUAACCACCCAUUAUAUAGAAGAGGCCCGAAGAGCUCAUAUCGUGGCACUCAUGAGAAAGGGUAGACUAUUGGUCGAGCAUUCGCCACAAUUCCUGCUAAACUAUUUUUGUGCUCAAAAUCUCGAAGAAGUGUUUCUGCGAAUGUGUGGCAACAAAGUGGCCGAAGAUAUGCCCGAAAAUUAUUAUGAGUCCCGAAGAAUGGAUUUCAAUGGAAAUGUAUUCUUUAGUAAUAAAGUACUAAUGGAUGACGAGAUAAGAGACCAAAAGAUGAUAAGUUCAGUCACUUCUAUGGAUAGGAAACAUUACACAUCUAAAGAGUCUGCACUUAAAUCAGUUGAAUCUGACGGUAUUAUAAACCGAUUUGAAUCUCAAAUCAAUGCCACCGAUAAAGACUACGAUAACAGUACUAUUCAAUUCUAUGGAGACUUCACUGAUUUCAUAAUAAUGCAAACUUUGAUGAAAACCCUGAGGGAAGCAGACCUAAAGUUUAUGAAAGAAAUAAUGGAUACGUAUAAGCCGGGACAAAACACGGCAAUGUUUGAUCCAAUAGUCAAAUUUAUGAACCCGCCAGUGUUUGGCACAUUAGAGUCCAAUUUCCGAGACUUCGUGGCCCCGGGAUUGAUAAUAUCGUUGGUGUACUUCAUGGCUGUCGGUCUGACGGCACUGACCCUCGGA